CCAGAAUUCUCUUAGAGGUUCUGAAAUGCCUUAUUUCUACAGAACAGUUGUGCUGGGCUCAGUUUUUCCCUACUCACAAGUUACAGAAAGCUAUGGUAAGUCUGGGUGCUCUUGGCCUAUUUGUCUUCCAUCCUGUGGGAUCUACCCUCUGCAUGGUUGAAGGAUUUCUCCAGGCAGAUCUCAUUACUUCCCAGUUCUCUGGCUGAUCCUGUUGCCCGAACUAAGGCUGUGUACCAGAUUCAGUCAAAUCCCAAGAUGAACUGGGUUGAUUCAGGGGAGAUGAUUCAGGCUUCAGCCGAGUUGCAUCAAGAGAGCCCCAGAAUCACUCUGGGUCAGUUACUUAUUCAUUCAGGAUAUAGGUUCUAGAAGGGCAGUUUAAAAGUAACAUUUAUUUGCAUAUGUUAAAGACACAGAAAAGGGUAUCUAUGUACUGAAAACACACUGGGAUGCUUCACACAGUGCAGAUGAUGGUAGAUCACCCCAAAGGGGGAGAUUCAGUUUGAGUAGGCCUUGAAGUGGUGGUCUUUACCUGCCUUCCAAUCUCCCCAUCUGAAUAGCUAACACGAUGCCCUCAUGCUUAGAAGAUUUCAUUCCACACUACUUUUAGGGAGACUCCAGGGAGAUUUGGAAAUUGGAUGAUAAGGGAGAGCCUCAUGGCAAUAAUUAACCCCUGUAUCUAUCAUGGCAGCAGCUCUUUAAAGGGGGGGGGAGUCAGCUGAGCAGAGGAGUGCAUUCUGUCUUAGCUGGGAAGACCCUAGGGAGGCUGUAAGGUGGCCAUCACAGAGACAAAUAAGUGCCUUGCCUCCAUACCUUGCUUAGGGACUUCCUGCAGGCAUCGGAUCAGCUGCCUUCUACCAACAACGCUAUCUUAUUUCCCCCCAGGUGAGCCUAUUUUAUGACUUCUACUCAGGAAACCAUGGACAAAAAGGAGGCGCCAACUAGUAAAAAACCCAAGAAACGGGUGAGCCUGGAGGCUGCAUUCAAGGUACUGGGUUUAUAACACAUUGAAAAUCAAAGUUUCUGUGUAAUUGUUUCCCAGGUUUCAGAUACAGCAUUCCACUUUUGUCUUUUAUUAUGGCAAUCUUUGUACGAAAUGUUCCUUUUAUAUCUCCAAUUUUCUUGAACAGAUCUCUGGUUUUUCCCAUUCUAUUGUUUUCCUCUAUUUCUUUGCAUUGCUCGUUUAAGAAGGCCUUCUUGUCUCUCCUUGCUAUUCUUUGGAAAUCUGCAUUCAAUUUCCUGUAUCUUUCACUAUCUCCCUCGCAUUUUGCUUGCCUUCUCUCCCCCGCUAUUUGUAAGGCCUCGUUGGACAGCCACUUUGCUUUCUUGCAUUUUCUUUUCAUUGGGAUGGUUUUAGUUGCUGCCUCCUGUAUAAUGUUACAAACCUCCAUCCAUAGUUCUUCAGGCACUCUGUCCACCAAAUCUAAAUCCUUGAACCUGUUCCUCACUUCCACUGUAUAUUCAUAAGGGAUUUGAUUUAGAUUGUAUCUUACCGGCCCAGUGGUUUUUCCUACUUUCUUCAGUUUAAGCUUGAAUUUUGCUAUAAGAAGCUGAUGAUCUGAGCCACAGUCAGCUCCAGGUCUUGUUUUUGUUGACUGUAUAGAGCUUCUCCAUCUUUGGCGGCAGAGAAUAUAAUCAAUCUGAUUUCGAUGCUGCCCAUCUGGUGAUGUCCAUGUGUAGAGUCGUCACUUGUGUUGUCGGAAAAGAGUGUUUGUGAUGACCAGCUUGUUCUCUUGGCAGAACUCUAUUAGCCUUUGCCCUGCUUCAUUUUGAACUCCAAGGCCAAACUUGCCAGUUGUUCCUUUUAUCUCUUGACUCCCUACUUUAGCAUUCCAAUCCCCUAUAAUGAGAAGAACAUCCUUCUUUGGUGUCAUUUCUAUAAGGUGUUGUAAGUCUUCAUAGAAUUGGUCAAUUUCAGUUUCUUCAGCACCAGUGGUUGGUGCAUAAACUUGGAUUACUGUGAUGUUAAAAGGUCUGCCUUGGAUUCGUAUCGAGAUCAUUCUAUCAUUUUUGAGAUUGCAUCCCAGUACAGCUUUCGCCACUCUUUUGUUGACUAUGAGGGCCACUCCAUUUCUUUUACGGGUUUCUUGCCCACAGUAGUAGAUAUGAUUGUCAUCCGAACUGAAUUCGUCCAUUUUAGUUCACUGAUGCCCAGGAUGUCAAUAUUUAUUCUUGCCAUCUCAUUUUUGACCACAUCCAACUUACCCAGGUUCAUGGUUCUUACAUUCCAGGUUCCUAUGCAAUAUUUUUCUUUACAGCAUUGGACUUUCCUUUCGCUUCCAUGCAUAUCCGCAGCUGAGCGUCCUUUCGGCUUUGGCCCAGCCGCUUCAUCAGCUCUGGAUCUACUUGUACUUGUCCUCCGCUCUUCCCCAGUAGCAUGUUGGACGCCUUCCGACCUGAGGGGCUCAUCUUCCAGCAUCAUAACUUUUAUAUGCCUGUUGUCUUUGUCCAUGGAGUUUUCUUGGCAGGGAUACUGGAGUGGCUUGCCGGUUCCUCCUCCAGGUGGAUCACGUUUGGUCAAAACUCUCCACUAUGUUACAUCUCCAUAAAAGUUGUAAUUGUCAAGGAAUAUCUGCAUGUCCACCAAAUGUACCUCCCUUGAGGACUGAAUGCACCUCUGUCUUUAUUCUAUCUUUCUGCUUCUUGGUUGUAAAUACACCUAAUUAACAAGAAAGAAAUGCAAGUAUUUUGCCCUGUCUCAUCACAGUAUCUCCUACUUCUUCCUGUAGGACUUGUCAAUGACACUUCUUUGGGUGUUGUUUGCUGCCUGCCUCCUGUCUGCAACCUAUGGUUACAACAUCUGGCUGAUCUACUCCCCUUCUGUGGUACAAAUGGCUUCUUUUAUUUUGUGGGCUGUGUUCCCUAAGGGGUAAUUUGUUGUGCCUCUGAAAGUGGAGGUAAGCCAUAGCUAUUGUGGCUAGCAGUCACUGACAGUCUAAUUCUACAUGAGUUUGUCCAAGUUAGUGACUGUCAGUGCCAUCAACAGCGACUGUGCUGCUUGAAGGAGUGCUUUCUUUUGACUCUCCUGAAUCUUCCAACAUUUAGAUCCAUUGGAUUUCCUCAAUUUCUGGUGUUAUAAGGGAGGGAGGGGGAGACAAAAUAGCAUAAACAUUUGUAAAUUUAGAGAAAUCCACACUUAAAGGUGGUUGAAUUUUCAUGAGGACUUCAAAAACAUCACAAACUGAUAUGGACCGGAAGAGGACUGAAUUUAAGAAGGGACAAAUGAGAAAUUGAGAGAGAUUGACAGACUCUCCUAUCCCUGGUCACAACCGUUGAGAUUCUGCUGUCAUGUGAUGUGUAGUGCUGUCCUAACAUCGACUUUUCUGUGCUUCUCUCCUAGCUCAUAAAAGACUUUUAUAACGUAACCACUUUCCCCCCGAAGAUGAACCCUAACAUCAAGUUAUUCUUGAUGUCCUCCUCCAUCGCUUUAUAUCCACUGGGAGGUACAUUUGGGGCACUUCUGAUUGGCGUCCUGGAGGAUAGAUGUGGCAGGUAUAGACAGAAUCAUGACUGAUGAUGGGGAAAUGAGUUGCUUCUGACCUACAUGCCCUGAUCUGUCGCAUUGCUCACCACCACAGAUACCAAAUGGCCCAUGAAGGGGGAGGAGGUCAUAAGAAGAACAUAAGACGGGCCCUGCUGGAUCAGGCCAAAGGCCCAUCUAGUUCCAGCAUCUUGUCCUCACGAUAGCCUACAGGUGCCCAUGGAAUGUCUGCAGAUGCCUAUGGAAAGCCCACAAGACAGCUACUAAUAACUUAAGAAAGCUUUCCCUGACGUGUUACCCAAUUCUAUAAUGGAAUACUACCUGUAGAACUCCUGAAAUGUUUCUUAUUGUUCUUAGAUUCUUGAGGCAGUAUCUUUUGUGUUUUGUUUUAUCGUCUGCGGCUUUGAUAGCUUUUGGCCACAACGUGGUUAUAAAUCUGCAAGAUGAAUGGAAAUAGAAUCAUAGAAUUGUAGAGUUGGAAGGGAUCACAAGGGCCAUCUAGACCAACCCCCUGCAUUGCAGGAAUCUUUGGCCCAAUGUGGAAUUCAAUCCCACGACCCUGUGAUUAAGAGUCUCAUUCUCUACUCACUUUAAAAAGCAUGCUCUGGGUGCCUCCCCACACUUGUAACCACCAUCAACUGGUCUGCGAUCCCCAUAGUGACUCAGAUAGUUGAGGAUAUAGCCACCAGGGCUAAGUAAGGUUUCAAAGUUCUAGGCAGACAAGAAAGGAAGAUAAGACAGGAUCAGCACCUUGGAGAGGGACCAAGCAGUAAGCUUCAGGGCAGGCAUACGCAAACUCAGCCCUCCAGAUGUUUUGGAUCUACAACACCCAUCACCCUUAGCUAACAGGACCAGUGGUCAGGGAUGAUGGGAGUUGUAGUCCCAAAACAUCUGGAAGGCUGAGUUUGUCUAUGCCUGCUUCAGGGGAAGUGAGGAAAUACAGUUGCUGCAGACCUACAUCUCUGCAGUAGCAUCUAAUAACUGGCCUUAUGAUAUACCCUUUAGAAAGGUAGCUCAGAGGUAGAGCACAAGCUUCCAUGUAAAUGAUCCCAAGCUCUGCACCCCUCGCGGGAACAUAGCAGGGUUGCAAAAGCCAACUUACGAGACCUCAUGGAAACAUGUGAGCAAUGUCUGCUGAAAUCCUAGAAAGGGCUUGGAUAAUUUUAAAGUGCUUAAGAGUAGGGCAGUCAGUGCCUUGCAGGUCUCCACCCAUAACUAGCAAAGUGCAGAACCAAGUAUCCAUAGAAAGCUGAAGGCCUUAUUGCAGUUCCAUAGCUGCUCUCCUACUGCUGCUCUUUUGGUGGUAUCAUAUCUUCACUAGCAACUCCCAACCCACACAAACCUUUCUGCUUUCCUUGUCUUUUCAGGAAAGGUACUUUGAUUAUUACUAAUGUUUUGUCCAUUCUCUCUGCUGUACUCAUGGGUUGCACACAUGAGGUAACUACAUAUGAAUUCAAAAUGGUUGCACGCUUGGUGACUGGAAUAUGCUCAGGUGAGUCAGGGUACUGGAUUGAGUGAUGUUGAUGAUGAUGAUUUUCAUUAAACACAUUCCCAUAACUUAUGCUGUUACCUGCCAUGUCUCCGCAUCAUUUAACACAGUGAUGUCUCAUGCAGAUAAAAAAAAAAACUGGUUGGCAUUUUGCAUACCUUCGUGGGGAACAUUUUGUGGUGCUGACCAAUUCCUGUUACUUCCCACUAGGGCCUCCUAUACACCGUGGAGAUAUUCAGAUGUUUAUAUACAUCAUGUCACAUGCAGAUCAUGAUUAUCCCUUGAUUUAUCAUCUAACCAGGAAUAAUCUACAGUGCUGUUCCCAUAUACAUUGGCGAGAUAUCGCCUGUAGAGCUGCGAGGAUGCAUAACCAUGAUGGCCAACUUCUUUUUUUCCAUUGGUGUCUUGUUGGCUCAGACCCUUGCUCUUCGGGAAGUCCUGGGGAAUGAAAGAGGUAAUUUAGAGAAGAGCACCCUUUGCUGUAUCAGAAGCACAAUCCCCGUUCGUUUAUUGUUCGCAAUAUCAUCAGUUACCCUUCUUGCACAGGUUGGCCGAUUCUGAUGUGCUUUGCUGGGGUCAUGCCAGUGUGUCAGGUCUUCCUACUGCCCUUCAUUCCUGAAAGUCCUAGGUACUUAUACAUUCAGAAGAAGGAUGAAGAUGGUGCAAGAGAAGGUAAAAUACUAUCAUCUGUACUGGGACCUUUAGGAGUGGACACCAUGCAAAGCUCCUGUGAUAAUUCCCGGGCAACUCAUAUUUAGGAUCCCAUUAGGAAUGGUGGAUAGCUUUACAAUACUUUGAGAUGUACUGGGACCACUGGGUGUGGGCAGCAUACACAGCGAGGGUACCCCACAGCCUGAAGAACAUUUGCCCAUCCCAUCAGACAAGGGUAGGGAACUUUUUCAGCUCCAGGGGCCAGUGGGCCAAUGUUGACAUGUGGAUGGGGCAAGCUACCUGUCAAUCCCAUAACAUCCUGAUGACAUCACAUGGUUGAUGGGUGGGUUGCCCCCCCCCACAGGUCAUCAUCUCCCAUUUGAGCAUGGGAAAGUGUUUCACCUACCCUUUUAAAGAUUGCUGGAGCCAUCUUUUAAAGGUGGAGCAGCAGAAAGACCCAAUCACUCUCCUGAGCACAGUGGUAAGUAGACUCUUCCCACUUUCAACAGGGGAGAGGGAAAUCCUGCUUACUGUUGAGUUCAGCUGCACCAGAGAGUUUGCUACUCAACAAGAUCGCUCCCCCUUUGCAUCAGAUGAUACAAAAGAGGAGCAAUCCUGCUUAGCGUUUGGUCUCUGCUUUGCCCAGUGUGGUGAUCACACAGGGUCCCUGGACGUUUGACGGUCUAUUGACCCUGUACCACCACUGUAAUUGCUUUCUUCGCUGCCACCAACCCGUUUCUCACAGGUACACACGGAGUCCAGACAGUUGUUAACAUUAACAAAUAAUCAAGUUUAUUUUAUAGGCAUGAACAAGCUUAUGGUUUCAGUUAUUUUUUCUUGGCUGUUUCUUAAUCUUAGUUCCUUAACUGUCCUAUUAGUUCCUAACAACUUCAAACUGAUUAUCCCAACUAUCUAUCUAUCUGACUCCACCUAACAGUCCUAACAGUUCCUCUCACUCUCUCACCACACCACUCGACCAACCCACAGACUUAUAUCCUCCCUCUUCCUUCUCCAACUCCCAACCCUCAACUGACUUUCACACAACACCCACUCUAACUCCCCCUAUCAGUUUCCACUGGCCAAUCACAUCACACUCAUUUUAACCCUUUCCUUAUGACCCACCUAGGAGGCAAACGCCACACCCAGCAUAUCAAUGGCUCUCAACAACCAGCUGGCUGUUGGGCGCUUCGUGAGCUGCACAAAGUAGUUUUGGUCAAGCCCUGCCCUUUUGGUCAGGCCCUUCCCUUGCCUGUUUGGCAAUCGGUGUAGGUGUGGGUGGGCACAGCUUGCCCAAAAUAACUUUGUUGGCUAAGCUGGGAACCUCAAUGGGGCAAGAGUGACCCGCAGGCUGGAGAUUCCUUACCCCUGUCAUGGGAUCUCAGCACUCCGUCAUUAUUGUAUCAUUCCUUUUAUCCUGAUGUUGUGAUUAACACAGGGGCUUUGCACUGCCUUUAAUUAGGUGUUUAAAAAACUUCAUUUCCACUGACCCCUUUGCUUAUUUUAGAAGUCACCUCCUUUCUUCCUCUACUCCCACCUAGCCUUGCAGAUGUUGAGAGGACGGGAAGACGUGGAGGACGAGAUGGACGAGCUCCGCGAGGAGUUCUUUGCUGCGAAGGCAGAAAAGCCCUUGAACACGCCCAAAUUGCUCUGGAAGAGAAGCCUGCGAUGGCAAGUCAUCACUGUAAUUACCUUGAUGGCUUCCCAGCAUCUCACUGGAGUCAUUGCGGUAAGAGAGAUGCAGGCCAAGGUGUUCUGAGGUUGAGUCAGGUGAAACAAAGACUUGUUUUGAACACAAAGUUCACAGGCGAUGACACCAGUCAUUCAUGCUGUGUAUCUAGGGAGAUGGUCAUAUUCUCUGCACUCGGUUGAUAUUCUGUUCUCCAGGUCUGCAACUAUCAAGCACCCCAGCACUUUUAAUAAUUAAAUCAUUACAGUUUUAAUUGCUUGUACUUCUUUUAACAUUUGAUGUUCUCAGCCAUGGACUCCAUUGGGAGGGAGGGUGGGACAGAAAUGUAAUAAACAAAUAAACAAAUUGAGCUAAAACCUCUGAUUGUUCUGGUCUAAUUUCAGGCUUACUAUUAUUCAGAGAGAACCUACACGUAUACACAUAUGGGAAAAGACAAUGUCCGCUUCAUGAGUAUAGCUACCACUGUGAGUUUCUGCCUGGCAAACAUAUUUUCGGUAAGCAUCUCCCGACUCUUCUCUCUCUCAUCUUAGCUCAUUGGGUAGAGCAUGAGACUCUAAAAUCUCAGGGUUGUGGGUUUAAGCCACACAAAGAUUCUUGCAUUGCAGAGGGUCAGACCAGAUGAUCCCUGUGGUCCCUCCCAACUGUACAAUUAUUGGAUUCUAAGGUUUCAUCACCAUACAUUUAACGCACAUGGCUUCUCCCCAAGGAACCAUUGGUGCUGUAGAUUAUCCUUCUUGGAGCUGCAGUUCCUGGUACCCAUAGGCACCAACUCCUUAGGGCUGACUUGUCUUCAGCCCCCUCAAUAUUGUUGAUCAGGGGGCUCAGCACCCCCCAAUACUGAGGGGGUGGAGGAGGCCAAGCGCUGAGUGGACUGAGGUGCAGCAUCAGUGGCAGGCUCUUCCGGAGCUCAAGAGAGGAGGAGCCGUGGCCACUGAGGGAACAGUGAGCAAACAUUGAUUUAUGAACCUUGGCCAAGCAAGUGUUUGAACCAGGCCAGAAUCCCACAUGCUAUUUAUUACACCUUCCUGGCUCAUGAUGGCCUCUUACCUGCUUCUUUGCCUCUCUCUCUCUCUCUCUCUAGAUGUUUUUAGUUGAGUCUGUGGGGCGGAAGAUUCUGCUUCUCUCUGGCUUUGGGAUCUGCGGCAUCCUCUGUGUUCUGUUAGCAAUUACUGUGGAAUUGCAGGUGGGUAAUUCAAAAAGUUUGGGCAUCUGUAUAGCCUUUUGAACCUGGGCACCCUCCCCUUUAGUAUGUAUGUGCAGAGUAACUGGUAGCCAUCGAUAGCCCUCUCCUCCAUGAACUAGUCUAAUCCCCUUUUAAAGCCAUCCAAGCUUGUGGCCAUCACUGUGGGGAGUGAGUACCAUAGUUCAACUGUGUGUUGCAAGAAGGACUUCCUUUUAUCCGUCCUGAACUUCCAAUAUUCAGCUUCAUUGGAUGUCCAGUGGAGACUCUGAAAUUUAAAAUCCAGUAGGUUUGGGUGUGAAAGCUUCAAGAUGUGAGUGACAAGGAAUUGCAGAUUUUUCCUGGAAAAGUCAUUUGGAUGAUGAUGAUGAUGAUGAUGAUGAUGAUGAUAAUAAUAAUAAUAAUAAUAAUAAUAAUAAUAAUAAUUUAUUAUUUAUACCCCACCCAUCUGGCUGAGUUUCCCCAGCCACUCUGGGCAGCUUCCAAUCGAAUGUUAAAAACAAUACAGCAUUAAAUAUUAAAAACUUCCCUAAACAGGGCUGCCUUCAGAUGUCUUUUAAAGACAAGAUAGCUACUUAUUUCCUUCACAUCUGAAGGGAGGGCGUUCCACAGGGCAGGCGCCAAUGACAAGAAGGUCCUCUGUCUGGUUCCCCGUAACCUCACUUCUUGCAAUGAGGGAACCACCAGAAGGCCCUCGGCACUGGAUAUCAGUGUCCGGGCUGAACGAUGGGGGUGGAGACGCUCCUUCAGGUAUACAGGACCGAGGCCGUUUAGGGCUUUAAAGGUCAGCACCAACACUUUGAAUUGUGUUCGGAAACGUACUGGGAGCCAAUGCAGAUCUCUCAGGACUGGUGUUAUGCGGUCUCGGCGGCCACUCCCAGUCACCAGUCUAGCUACCACAUUCUGGAUUAAUUGCAGUUUCUGGGUCACCUUCAAAGGUAGCCCCACGUAGAGCGCAUUGCAGUAGUCCAAGCGGGAGAUAACUAGAGCAUGCACCACUCUGGCGAGACAGUCUGUGGGCAGGUAGGGUCUUAGCCUGCAUACCAGGUGGAGCUGGUAGACAGCCACCUUGGACACCGAAUUAACCUGAGCCUCCAUGGACAGCUGUGAGUCCAAAAUGACUCCCAGGAUCAUGCAUUUUGAUUUCCCCCAUUACAAGGGAUCUCACAGGGGCUUCGCUCUUGAUUUUCUGUGGCACCUGUUGCAUUCCGUGGGCCAGCAAUGCUGCGGGAAAAGACAUGGCAAUUGUAAAGAAGGGACAUCCUUGAAGAUCAAGGGGGUAAUCAGUGUGGUAGACCCCAAACUCCCAUCAUCCUCAAUCAGCAUGGUGAAAUGGACAGGGAUGACCGGAGUUGUGGCUCUGCAACUUGUGGAGGGCACCAUGUUGGCAAACCCUACUCUAUGUAAAUGGUACUUAGCAACUUUAGUAAUACAUAACUGACAUAUACCCAACUUUCUCUAACAGGACACCAUAAGAGAGAUGGCGUAUUUCAGCACAGUUUUUAUUCUCCUAUUUCUCCUUGCACAGUGCAUUGGCCCAAGUAAGUACUAAGCUCCAUGGAGGAUGUAAAGGAUAUGAAUAGGAAAGAUAAAUUACUGAGUCAGUGAAAACGUUGCAUUCAAUGUUCUGAAUCCUUUCUCUCUACCAAGAUUCAACUCCGUGUCUAAUUGUAUUGGAGCUGUUCCUUCAGACAUCGCGGGCCUCAGGCUUUGUGAUUGCGGGCUUUGUGCACUGGUUCAUGAACUUUGUAUCAGGAGUGCUUUUUUAUCACACAGAGGUGAGUGAUUUUGAUGGUCAGUUUUGACGGGGAGUUCAUGGUUUGCUUUAGGGCUGUGCAGCAGAUUUGGCUGAGGCCUGAAACAAAUCGGGCCUAUUUGGAGGGACUCAGUUUUUGGAUGAGUCAGGUUCAGACAGCCACAUUUGACUGCAGGUCACAUUGCAUGGCCCAGAACAAUCCAUGGCUGUUGGGGGUGGGGAAUUAGGCAUGAGGGAGAGGCAGGCAGGGUGGGGGGAAACUGCAUGACUGCUGGAUGCUUCCUCCUCCCCACAUGACCCCUUCCGCUCAACAGCUGGGUGUGGGUGAUACUGUGCAAGCAGCUUUCCUUUAGGAUCUGGGUGUCAGGAGUGAGCCAGCAAUAAAUCACACUGUGCAUGUUGGAGUUAACUCAUUAUUACCAGGUUCACUACAGACUUGGUUGAAUGUCAGGCCUAAUGAGCAGAAGAGUUCAUUCCCUGUGGUCUUACUCCAUGAAAAGAAGAAGAAGAAGAAGAAGAAGAAGAAGAAGAAGAAGAAGAAGAAGAAGAAGAAGUUGAUUAAAAUACAAUUUAAAAAACAAGAUUAAAAUACAACAUUAAAACAUUAGGAUGCAGCCUCUUCACAGGAGGAGAAAGGAAAAAGAAAGAGGGGAAGGGAAUCAAACUGAUUCUAAGCCAGAGGCCAGGUGGAACAACUCUGUCUUACAGGCCCUGCGGAAAGAAAUCAGAUCCUGCCGGGCCCUGGUCUCAUGAGACAGAGCGUUCCACCAGGCCGGAGCCAGUGUUGAGAAGGCCCUAGCUCUGGUUGAGGCUAAUCUAACUUCCUUAGGGCUCGGGACCUCUAGGGUGUUGCUAUUUAUGGACCUUAAGGUCCUCUGUGGGGCAUACCAGGAGAGGCGGUCCCGUAGGUACAAGGGUUCUAGGCCAUGAAGGGCUUUAAAGGUCAAAACCGGCACCUUAAAUCUGACCCUGUACUCCACCGGGAGCCAGUGCAGCUGGAAAAGCACUGGGUGAAUAUGCUCCCAUGGCAGAGACCCUGUGAGGAGCCUCACUGCAGCAUUCUGCACCCACUGGAGUUUCUGGGACAGCUUCAAGGGCAGCCCUGUGUAGAGCGAAUUACAGUAGUCAAGCCUGGAGGUGACCGCCGCAUGGAUCACUGUGGCCAGGUCGGGGUGGGAAAGGUAAGGGACCAACUGUUGUCAAAAAUCAGUUGUCGAGGCUGAAAGUCCCCUCUUCCCCACAACAGUCUUAAGUCCCUUCCUCUCUAGGGCUUUUUCCAAGCAAUCUGAGACUGUGCCUGUAUGCAGCCAAUCUCUCCUCUGCCCUUUUCAUGCCACUUCUGGUUCAGGGAGAAAAGGAGGGAGGGGAGCUUGUCACAGCAGAAGGAGGAGACACUUGUGACUCCUCACCAGCCGAACUCAUCUUGGCCUCUUGACCUCCCUCCUCCUCUGCUUCAGCUUCUGCCUUUGAUUCUGGAUUUCACUCUGCCACAGACUCUCCCAGCUCACCAAGUCCUGGUACCCCUUCAGCUUCUGGCAUCUCCUCUUCCCAGCCUUCUCCCUGUGACCACUCAUCGUCAUCCCACCACCACUCCCUGGGCUCUGAGCUUUCCUUAGUGCUUCCUCAGCUUGUUCCUCCCACCAUUCCUCUGUGCCCAACCAGUCCAUGACACCGGGGAUGGGGUGGCACCCUAGUCUCGGUAGGGAGAGGGGAAGGAGACACAAGGUUCCUUCCCACACCCCACUCCUGACUUCAUGUUUAGAAAGGCUUUUAAAACCCUAAUUAAACAUUAGCCCUGACCACAAAUGUAUUCAGGAACAGACUGGGGUGAGGAGUUGGUCCCCAGGUUGACCCUGGAUUGGAAACAUAAAACAGAUGGCCAGUGGUUUGCACUGGUAAAUUAAUCCCAGCCACAUGUAGCACCAUUACCUCCCCCUCUAAUUAAAUCCACCCAAUUAUAAAGCAAUAUGGUUGCCCCCCCCCAUUUGCUUGCCCCUAGAAGCUUUAAGCUGUGAAGCAGUUUAUAAAUUUCUGGGUUGUUUUCUUUUGAUGCCAUAUAAAGCACCAAAGCUAACAAGUCAGUGUGCAAACAGAUUCCUUCAUCUGUCCCAACUGCAACAAAACAUGCCUCUCCCAUAUUGGUCUCUAUAGCCACAGCAGGCACUGUAACUGUCCAGCAGUUUGGCUUCACUCACCUACCCACCCCAAGGCACAUCUGAGACAAAUGGAUGCCAACUAUUGCAUUGUGGACUGGGGCUCAGAGCUACUGUGUAGGUGCCCAUGUUUUGGUGCCUUCUGCAGUAGUGAUGUAUGGAAGUGAGAGCUGGACCAUAAAGAAGGAUGAUUGCCAAAGAAUUGAUGCUUUUGAAUUAUGGUGCUGGAGGAGACUCUUGAGAGUCCCAUGGACUGCAAGAAGAUCAAACCUCUCCAUUCUGAAGGAAAUCAGCCCUGAGUGCUCACUGGAAGGACAGAUCCUGAAGCUGAGGCUCCAAUACUUGGGCCACCUCUUGAGAAGAGAAGACUCCCUGGAAAAGACCCUGAUGUUGGGAAGGAUUGAGGGCACAAGGAGAAGGGGACAACAGAGGACGAGAUGGUUGGACAGUGUUCUUGAAGCUACGAACAUGAGUUUGGCCAAACUGCGGGAGGCCUGGCGUGCUCUGGUCCAUGGGGUGACGAAGAGUUGGACACGACUAAAUGACUAAACAACAACACAGCCAUGGAAGGGUAUAGCAAUAUCUAAAUUCAGGCUGUGUGAUUGGUGGGCCAUGUCUAACCUCUGGAUUGCUUCUUUGACAUGUCAGUACCAGCAUAUUGUACUUCUUCAGACUCCAUAUCAAAACCUGACAUCCAUAAACUGACUGGGUUGAAGAAUUCACACUGAUUCUGUAGCCUAACCUAAAGCUUCCCCAGACUGACCGUCAUUCCCCUCUUUCAGAGUGUGAAUGAGGAUCUAAACACAGAAACACAUACACCAUGUGCAUGAUAGAUAAGUAAAUAAGCUUCCACGAUAUGCUCAUCUCUCUCUCUCUCUCUCUCUCUCUCUCUCUCUCUCUCCCUCCCUCCCUCCCUCCCUCCCUCUUCCUCUCUCCCUCUCCCUCUCCCCACCCAACCUCCCCCAUUUCCUUCCCAACUCUAGAAGUCAAUUGGAUCCUACUGCUUUCUGCUUUACUUCCCUAUCUGCCUAGCCACCUUUUUGUUCAUCUUGAAGUUUCUCCCAGAAACCAAGAAGAGGACCUUUGUGGAUAUCAAGAGAAUCAUGUUGCUGCGGUCAGUCAAGAAGGUCUCAGCCACGGUGGUUGAUUAGAAACUCAAGAAUCACCCUAUGCAGUUAUUUAGUUGGGAUUUUUUUGUUUUUGUUUUUGAAUUUCCAAACAAACGAUUCUAAGAAAGCUCUUAUUGAUAUCCUCCAAUUGCCUUAGUUCAGCUAAUGUAGUAAUAAUAUAAGAUUCCCUGCUGAUCU